GAGAGCGCAGACUGCUGCUGCUGCUGCUGCUACUAUGUUCCGGUCGGAGAGGAUCGUGCGGUCUGAUCCGGUCUGAGUCCCCGAACAAUCGAGACUAAAGGAGGCGAGGAGAAGGUGCAGGAGAGCCGCUGUGACAGCCAUGGCUCGCUUCGGUGCCAGUCUGAGCUCUUACUCCAUCUCUCAGCUGUCGGAGCUGCUGGAGGACGAUGAGAAACUCGAGCAGAUCGUGCUGGACCUGGACGAGGUGAAGGAGUUGCAGCAGAGUAAGGAGACGACCCUGACCGGUAACCGGAACCUCGCCGAGCAGAACCUGCAGCUGCAGCCCGGAUUAGAGAGCAGGAAGAGCGAGCUGACCGAGCGUUACCGUCGCCUGCAGGACGGGUUCGAGUCCUACCAGCUGCGGAAGUCCACGCUAGAUCACAAGUCUGGAAAUUCUUCUUUGGAUACGCUACUUGCCCUGCUGCAAGCAGAGGGAGCCAAAAUUGAGGAAGAAUCUGAGAACAUGGCUGACGCUUUCCUCGACGGAGCUGUGUCCAUGGACGCCUUCAUCGACGAGUACCAGAACAAGCGCAAACUGGCUCAUCUACGGAGGGUAAAGAUCGAGAAGCUGCAGGAACUGGUGCUGAAGUCACCACAUAUCCUCCAGAGCCCUCUUCCCACUCAGCCACUCCCCAGUCUCCCCCCAAAGUCCACUCCUGUACAGAGAGAGCCGGACGCUGCCCCAGUCCUACAGCCGAGGCGGCCCCCUCCGAAUCCUCCCAGCAGAAGUCCCGUUUCAAGCCAAGCUCAGCCUGCUUUUAUGUUCUCUUACCCAAAUGUUCCUUUCCCACCGAUUCCACCCAGAGCAAGUCAACCCCAGGCCGGGUACUCUCCCCUUUUCAUGCCCCAGUACGCCCCACCCGUGCCAGAGAGAUCCCCUCGGAUGACCCCCCAACCAGGUUUCAUCGUACAGUGAUGUUAGACUUUCUAUUUAUAACAGGAAGGAACAAUGUAUGCACUGGAUGUCCACCCAAAUUUUCUAAAGGUCCCUCAGUCCAAGGAGUAUAAUGUGCUGUGCUAAUUAUCUCUUGACGUAAGGGUUGUGAAGGCGUUUCAAUGGUACCUUUGUUCAAACUUGCACUUUAGAGUAAUUCCUAGCUUUGGAAUUGAAUUCAAGAUGUCUGGUUAUCUUGUGUGUCACUCCUGACUUAGUGCUUCCUUUGUUUUGUUACAUUGUACUUAUUGUUGUCCAAUCUAGCAAGUCUGGCUAGAUUUGGCAGGUUGAUUUCAUUGGUUUCUGUUGUUUGUGUAUCUUUAUGGAUCAGUAACAUCAGUUAAUCCACGUUUAUAUCUGUAAACAUUUCAUAUCUGAAGCUGCGUCCAUACUUAAUGGAGGUGAUGUUGAAUCCUAUGCAAACUAAAGACGUCUCAGGAUGUUUACAGCAACCUGCAGCCAAAGAUGUUUUCAAUUCACCUGAUCUUGUCAAAGGGCUUUGAGAUGAAUUGAGAUGAAUAAGGAGGAAUCUCUCGUUUUUAAUUUACUGUAAAACGCCCCUUGGUUUAGGUGAGUGAUGCCGUACUGGCUCCCAUUGACUGGCUCCCUGUCCAGAAUGUGUGGACAGGAAUAAAAACUGACACUCCAUCUGUGAGAGUAAGAUUGAGUGAAUUAUGGAAAAACAUGGUGGGAAAACAUUGGAAUUAAUCGCUCACUGUGAGAGAUGCACUGUCUUAUUGAUGUGUACUAACUCUGACAGCUAAAGCUAACACUUAACAAUGUUUUGUUAUUUACAGUAACAAUAUGCAGAUAGUUGUCAUCUAAGUUAAAUAUUACUGUUUCAGAAUGUAAAUAUUAACUAUUUAGCUAGCUGUUUUUCCUUACAGCCAUACUAGCACAUUGUUAUUAAAUGUUAAUAUCUGUUUAUCUAAAGUGGCAUGUUCCAAUUCACAAAUGUUUAUUCAAAUGAAGGUGCUCUUCUGGAUAAUCUUAUCCCGCAGUGCUCGCUUAUACCAACCAGACCUGGACUUCCCGUUUAAUCAGUUGGUUUUUGUUUUCAAUUGACUGAGAGAGCCCGAUGCUUGUGCAGUCCCACAGCCGAGACGGCCCCCUCCGAAUCCUCCCAGCAAGUCAACCCCAGGCUGGGUACUCUCCCCUUUUCAUGCCCCACUAUGCCACACCAGUGCCAGAGAGAUCCCCUCGGAUGGCCCCCCAACCAGGUUUCAUCGUUGGUCUUUGUUUUCAAUUGACUUCUCAGUUGUAUCAGUUUUAGCCCACUAUUAGCCCUUCCUAUACAAGACUGAACGGUUCAUCCGUUUUCUCCUGGAUCUCAUUGAGCUUUGCAGUUGGUGCUGUGAAUUGAUAAGUAAUAGAUGCCGUAACCUCCCAGUGCCUAAUGGUUUGGACACUGUGGCCAGCAUGGUUGCUUCAAGCCUUCAAUUUAUCACCCACUGUAAUACAAACUUGGAUCAUAAAUCUGUGACCACUGCUCUUGCUGCAAACAUGACACCAUAUCUAUCUUCAAGUGUCCUUAUUUUAGGUCCAUGUUCACUGUAUGUUCAGAUUUUUGCCUUGGCAUCAAUUCUUUAAAGCAAUUCAACAACAUUCUUCCAAAGUAUCUUCAUUCACUUGGUGUCCUACACAUCACACUUCCACAUUAAAAAUAUCCAACAGGUCUUUAAUCGUCUUAGUCGUUUAAAGACUAGACUACCUGAUUAAACGAGUCAAAUCAGGUGAAGAUGCUGCUUGGCUGGACUGACGACCUACAGUCACCAUGGCUCUGCAGAUAACAGAGUGAGGGAACGUUGUAAACGCUUAGGUGUACCAUGCUGUUAUACCUGUGUAGAAGCACCUGCACUUGUUAUGUUUUUUUUAGCCUGUUAAAACAAUUAUUUUAAGAUUUUUGUGUUAAAUAGAAAAGUCUAAUUAAUGGUCUUAAUAAAUAAAUAGGAAUAAAUUGCCAAUGAUCUAUUUAAAGGCUUGCAUGCAAUUUUGAAAGAGACAGAAUUGCCCCAGCCUGCGAAUCUGCAUAUGUGUUAGUUUGAUUAAUUUCUUUUUUAAUUUUCAGUGUAAUACGGCUGAUGAUAAAAGUUGUCCUUGUACACUUUCGAUGCAAACUAGUUUGGUAUAUUUUAUUUUAUUAGCCUAUGUAUGUUGGAGAAUAGGUACAGAUUGUGAGAUUGACCCGCUGUUUUAAAAGUAAUAAAGCAAAUUAAAAGUUUG